GGGGGUUAUUUUUGAAUGUUUUUGUUAUUGCUUUAUUUUAGGAUUUUAUUCCUUAUAUAAAUGAAUAUAAAGUCGAAUUUGUCCGCCUUUUCUAAGUUAAAACCUAUUUGUAUGCGCUUAAGUUGUGUCUGGACAGAUUCGAAUCUGCAGCCCGAUGUUUAUGUAUCAUUAGAAGCUUUAUAUAAGGUUUUAUCGUCAUUUUCAUCAGAGGAAUUACUUGGAUGUACUAUUUCAGAUUAUGUUUUUCUUCCUUUGUCUCAUUUAUGGCGCGGAUAUUUAAAUUUAGAUGAUCGUCUUAAGGAAGGGCUUUUAAGAUGUACAAAUGAGUUAAUUCGUAUAGGAUGGGGGGUAGAAAUGUCAGACGCUUUGUUUAAACAGUUGUGUAUGCUUUUGACGGGGUUUAUUAAGCCAAUGUCUGGGUUAGAAAGGAAUCUUCCAGAAGAUUUGUGCUUAGAAGGGUUAGAAGGGCUUUAUAUGCUAUUUAAAUGUAAAAAAGAGUGUCGGAAAUGCUUGGGUAAUGAUGAGAAAGAGCUAGAUGAUGGAUUGAUAGCGAUAAUUGGGUAUACAAUAUCGGUAUUGCUUGAAAUUUAUGAAAAAACGUUAUGGAAUAGAUUACAGAAUAAAUGUGUUGAUGUAUUGCAAGUAUUUUUGUUUGAAGUUGUGGAGGAUAAAAGUGUUUUGCGUCGUUUUUUGCCAGGAAUCAUGUCAUGUGUUUGUCAAUUGGUGGUAAAUGGUAAAGUAAAGUACAGUAGAGCUAUAAUAGCAUCAGUAGUGUUAUCUAGAAGACUUUUGGAGACAUGUUUUGCAGAUGAUAGUCUAGAAGAAGUAGUGGAUAGAGUGGAAGUGAAGAAGAUGGAUCAGAAAAUGAGUUUGGAUCACAUUAGAAAUAUGUUAAGUGUUGAUUCAAAUGUUUUAGAAGUAAAUAAGGAUGUUUCUAAGGUUUCGGAUAAUACAUUAGAAGGAAGGGCCCCUAUUGGUUCUGAAGAAUGGUUGAUGAAUACACGUGAACGGGUUUAUACAGUGUGCAAUAUUCUUUUGAGUUUAAAAGCUCAUUCUAAUAGGCAAGUACGACAGGAGAUAUUGGAAUUUUCAAUUGGAGUUUUUAAUACAUGUUUUAAAACACUUUGUAAUUGUAUUCAGCUUUUGCUUUCAACAAUUUUAUUUUUGGCAGGCGAUUUGGAAGAAAGUAUACAAAAUAUUUCAGUUAAAUUUUUAUUUCAGCUUGAAGAGCAAAAAUAUUCUGAACAAGAGUUUGAGGAUGUUAUUAAUAUGCUUUUAAAGGAGUAUCUUGAUGCCUGGCCUAGAUUAAAUUUACUUAGUGAUGAGGAUGCUAAGCGACAUCAUUUAAUUGCAAUGAUGCAUAUUGUUUCUUUUCUGUCUAAAAGAAAUUUGGAGUCUAGUUUUGUUUUUGAUUUUCUUAUCCAUAGAAUCUCUGAUUCUCUUCAUUUUGCAACAGAUACCAAAAUAUUAAAAAAAACAGAUUUGAUUCAACCGCUUUUUUAUUUUAAUAUACAAGAUCUAUCAGAUAGUCAUAUAUAUUCUGGUCUGAAAUUUCCUGUGUUUAGGUUUGAAAAUAUUGAAAAUAAUUUAACAUUUUUUGCAUUAGAAAAUCUGUUUGCAAUUUUUGGAAAAUAUUCUACUAUUAAAUUUUUUAAUUCUCUUCUUUAUAAAAUAAAGACGUCAACGUAUGAGCCACGUACGAAUAUUUUAAGAUGGAUUUUUUUGUGUAAUUUACGUCGUAUGAUACAUGAUUCUUCUUUUCAACAUGAUCAAAAUAUAGAUGUUAAUAUGGAACGUAUAUAUAUGAAUGUAUAUACCGAUUCAUUAAAUUAUAUAUCGGAAUUUUCGUCUCAUAUGUACGAUGAAGCCAUGAAUUGGAAUGUUCCUCAAGAUAAAGUUGUUCAUAUAUGUUUGGAUUUAGAAAUUAUAUCUUUAAUUGCAAAGAAACUUGGAAAACAGUUUAGAAUUGAAUUUGUUGAUUGUUUAUAUCCUAUUGUUUAUUUAUUAGGAAGUCGUUGUGAAGCUAUAAUUCAACAUGCACGUAUAUGUUUAAAUAAUUUAGCCGUAUAUUGUGAAUAUGAUUCAAUCCAAGAUUUACUAAUAGGAAAUGUUGAUUAUUUAAUUAAUGCGAUUAAUUUAAAGUUAAAUACCUUUGAUGUUUUCCCUACUGGGCCUGUUGUUUUGAUUAUUCUUUUGCGUUUGGUUGGUCCUACUAUGGUGCCUUAUUUGGAAGAUGUUGUUGACUCUGUAUUCGCUAUUUUAGACAAUUAUCAUGGUUAUUCUAAUCUUGUUUCUGUAUUUUUUUCAUUUUUGAAUGAAGUUGUUCGAAUUAAUGGUAUUGUUGAAAGGCCUAAGAUUUCUCAAGUAGUCGAAGAUGACAUUCAUAGUGCAGGACCAUGUUUAGAAGUUAUGCAAAUUGUUACUAAAAUUCGUUCUUUAUAUCAUACAGAUGCAACAGAAAUAAUGGGGACGACAUUCGAUUCAUUAAAUCAUUCUACCUCUUCAGAAAAUCUAUCAAAUAAUAUGAAUAAAGUAACACUUAAAAUUAUCCAAAAAAUUUCGAAUAAAUCUCAAAUGUUUCUCAAUCAUCAAUCGUCAAAUAUUCGUAAUGAAUUAUUAAAGAUGCUUUCUGUUUCAAUACCUUUUUUGGCAUCUGAUGAAAGAAGUUUUUUACCAUUUGUUAAUGAUAUUUGGCCUCUUAUUAUCGGCCAGUUGAAUCUCAAUGAAAUGACAUCAAUAAUUACAUCUUCUUUGAAUGUUAUUACAUUAUUAUGUGUUUAUGCUAAAAACUUCAUGACUUCAAGACUUUCCAAACAUGGGAUAAAGAUUUUAUGUAAUCUUUUAAAUACAAGUUGUCAGCAAGAUAUACUUGGGAUUGCUGAUAAAUUUUCAAGAUCUGUAAGUAUUCAGAAUGGGAUUUUUGCUGCAUUUGAUGCUGCUAUUGAAAAUGUUAAAUUACCAGAUAAAUGUGUGGAUAAAAUAAUUGAAUCUGUGAUAUCUUUUUUAAAAAAACCAAGUAAAGGAUUGGAAAUAGAAGCAUUGAAAAAAACACUGGAAAAAAGGCAUCCAGAUAAGCUUUGGUUAUCAAUGCUUCCUUUUACUAAUUUUAAAGCAAAUAUACCUGUAUCAAAGGAUAAUUUUUUAUUUCCUGAUAUUGUUUUAUGA